AUAGGCAACAAUGGUUUAUACACUGGAUUAUAAACUAUAUUCAAGAAUGAAUGUUUAACAAUGUUUUAAAUCCUAUAUUACUGCUUUUAGUAAAUUUUUUGGCGUCUUACUAGUUCUUGUUAUUUUGUUAAAAUUGAAUUAAAACGUUUUUUUUUUUUCCAUUUUACAAAAUGUAAACAAACAUGGUAACAAUCUCAUUCAUGGACUUUGUUUUGUUUAGCAACAACUUAUUUCAACUUCAAAGCCACGUUUAAUUGAAAAACAAUUAAAAACUGAGACAAAUGGAAAAGUGGUUGGCAGAGAGUCUUUAUUAAAAAAAGUUAUUUGACAAAAAAAAGAUACUAUUUAUAGCAUAAUAAAUUUGUAUUUUGUAAUUAUAUCGUAAAUUUGACAAUAUCACCGCAGGUGAAAAUUAUAGAACAGAUAUACAGCAUUGUUGAUACUUUUAAAGAUACAAAACAAAGUAUGGGUUUAGAUAAUUAUGCAUACGAAGAAGAUCAUAGAUUAAGCUCUUGGGAUAAAAAUUUACCGGCUUUUAAUUCAAUGAAAAUUGAUUCCGAAAAUGAUAUAAGGAAAAGUAAUGAUGUUCAAGAAUCAUCUCUUGAUCACAACAGUGUAUGUUUUGUAACAAAACCAUACGCAGAAAGCCCAUAUAGUGUUUUAUUAGAAAAAGGUAAUCAUUAUGAAGGACUCCAAGUUACUCAAGCUAACAUUAAAACCAAAUUUCAAAAUGAUUCAAGAGCUUUAUCUUGUAAAAAAACAAACUCAUUGUAUGAAACCACAGAAAUUGAACCAAAAACAAAGUAUCGUACAAAACAAAUUAAGGGAUAUUCCUCUGGGAUUGAAGACAAUUUGAAAUGCACUUAUUUAGUUUUUUCUGUUCUUGUUGCAAUCAUAGCUAUAACCUCUGCAGUAAUGGUAUUCUUGAUUCUUUUUGGUGUUAUCAAGGUUCAGAAAUGUAAAGAAUGCAAUUUAUUUGAUCCAAAAAGUGAAAAACAAAUUCAAAUUAAUUCAAAUGAUAUUGUAAAAUCAAAGUUACAUGAGUUAUCAGAGAUACGUAAUCUGACAAGACAAUUAAAUGAGCAAAAAGAUUUGAUACUUAGUUUGACAAACCAGUUAAAAGAGCAAAGAGAUCAGUUGCAGUUGCUAUUCAAGAAAACUGAUGAGAUAGCAAACUUAACCCGUGAGGAAACUAAAAAUUUAACAAAAAAAAUUGAAAUCAAAAUGAAGAUAUUUUUCGAAAAUCAAACAAAUUUUAUUGAUACUCAUAUAAAUGAGGUAUCUAGUAAUAUUUCAUCCAUAUUAAAAGAUGUUUACUGGUUGAAAGAUCAACUGGAUCAAACUAAUAGAUCAAUAUCAAAUAUUACUUUAAGAGAAGGUAUUCAAGGACCGCAAGGGUAUAAUGGUUCAGAGGGUCCUGAGGGAAAAUCAGCUAACUUUAAAAGUUGUAAAUACUUUACUUUUGAUACGAAAGGAACAGCUACAUCUUUGAAGAAUGAAAAGUUAAAAAAAUCAAUAAAGCCGUAACACACGGAACACAAAACUCGCCUGUAAGUAAUAUAUUAAAGAUAUAAACCAUUAUUUAUUGCAAAUUUGAUGAAUGUUGUUUAAAAUUAAAUCCGUUUUUGUUUUGCAUUGCAUUUUUGUUACGAUGGCUUUAAUUUUUCAAAACUGCAGUUUGAUAUAAUAUUUUAAACUUAUAUCAAUCAAAGCUAACUUAUUCAAAACACGUCGUUUUUAGUUCGGCUUAAAUAUUUAAUGGUACACAUAAGAAUUUAGCGAGUUUAUAUAUUGACUUGAGUUAUUAUGUUUACCUUUUAGAAUAAAUUAAAUUUAAAUGUAAAUAAAAUUUCAAAAGUAAUUUUUUAUUUGUCAAAGUUUGUAUGUAUAUAUUGAUUAUUUUAACAAGUUGUUUAUAAAAAUUGUUAUUUGAGCAU